AUGAAGGGGGAUGGCUUCGGCGCGAUUCUUCUCCCAAUGCUACUGCUGAUUAGCAGCCAUGUGAAGGCUGACUAUGGAAUAAAAACGAACAAGCUGACCUUCCUCUGCCAAUCGGAAGACUGCAAAAAAGAAAUCAACCUCUAUGAAGAAGGGAAUUCAUUCAUUAUACGAAACAAGGACAACACCUAUUUGGAGGUCCAAGAGAAGGUGACAGCCGCAGGGAGCUUGAAUGUGUUUGGGACUGUCCACACGAAUGAGUACCGCGCGUUUGAGAAGAAGCAGUGGACUUUACACCACCUGGACACCUUCGACCGGAAGGAGAGUGCUUGGAUCCCCUCGGACAUCAGCACAUGCGGGAAUUCCCCCGACAUGUUUCUGGGCGGACCCUGCAUAUUCGGUGCCACGGAGGCCUACACCGUUGUUAGAGAUAUACCAAAGCACAGCGCACUGAAAAUUAAAUUAAGGGUUCACUUCUUCGAUGCCUGGAAAGGCGAUUCGUUGUUUCUUCAAGCUGAUAGGAAGACUAUCUGGGCGGAAUCAUACAAAUCGAACUCCGUGGAAAAGGGUGCUGGUGACGGAAUAAACCUUUGCGGGAAGGAGACUCCCGAUCGGUUAUCAGUGCCUGUGGACGUCGAAUUCGAGCACUCCUCAGACACGGUUAGCAUAAUGAUUGGAAGCACUUUAAAAAAAACAGACGAUGCCUGCGCCACCUCCUGGGGAGUGGACGACCUGCACGUCUACUACAAAUAG